GGAAAGGUCAUCCACCUCCCAUUCGCCUUCGGAUCUCAGGCUCUGCCCCACCUUCUCUCUUAGCCUCGCCAAAAGCAGAGUCUAGCAUCAGAGUUAGCCAGGCAAGCGGUCGUCCCCGCAGUGGGAGCGGUGCAGCCAGAGCAACUUCCGCACUUGAAGCUGCCUAUCCGAAAAGGUGCAGUUCGAAGCAUGAUUAAGAAUGCAUUUUGGUCCUCUCUCGGCAGGCACUGCUUCGCAAAUACUUCAUUUCUGCCUGGCUAAGCGGGGCUCAAGAAAAUAGAAUGGCGUUCACUUUGAAAGGUGUUGCGUACAUCACUGGCGCUGGAUCUGGCAUCGGUCAGUUUGCAGCAUAUGCACUUGCUCGACAAGGCGUCCGAUCUUUCGCCCUGCUCGACCGAAAUCCCGUCACCUCUACCGUGACCGAGCUCAACAAGAAAUACCCUGACAUUUCCGUCAAGGAAAUUCGACUCGAUGUAGCAGAUGAAUCCGCUGUGAACGACAGCAUCCUGCAAACAGUCAAGGAGUUUGGCCGGAUAGACUACGCUGUGAACAACGCCGGCAUCGGGGGCACACUCAAGACCACAGACCAGGUCGAUCUAGACGACUUUCAGAGAGUUCUUGCUGUCAACACAACCGGAGUCUGGAUGUGCCAGCGAGCCCAGAUUCGGCAGAUGCUGAAGCAGGAGAAACCUUCAGAAUUUGAGCGCUCGUAUCGCGGAUCGAUUGUAAACACGGCGUCAAUGUACGGAACUCUCGCUCCUUCCCUGAAUGUGCCCUCGACGGCAUACUGCACGAGCAAACAUGCUGUGGUCGGAUUGACGAGGGCGGACGCAAUUGCAUUUGCUCCGCAGGGCAUCAAGAUCAAUGCAAUCUGCCCGGGUUAUGUUGCGACUCCCCUGAUUGCGAGCAGCAUGAACCAGAAUGAUGUCAUGGAGAGGGAGCGAAUGAAGAUACCUCUCCAACGUCUGGCGAAUAUGGAGGAGAUUGGCGACUCAAUUGCUUUCUUGCACUCAGAAGCAAGCAGCUACAUGGUGGGCGCUUCGUUGGUUGUUGAUGGAGGCUUUACUAUCCAGUAAGGAGAGGUGAACGGUGAAGGGGAUGCUUAGUUAGG